UUUUUUGGACCAGAAAUUGAAGAAAAAAAAGUUAUUUUGGCGCAACUUAAAUUAUCUGAUUUCAAGAUGAGCGUGAGCUGCAAUAUUGCUGGAGAAGAAUUAAUGGAGAAGACGUUGUCUUUGGUCCGUUUUAAUGAACCGCCAUUUCAGGCACUUCAUUGUUUGGAUGAAAACAGCCCAGUUGUUCUUGAUCACAAGAGAAAUUGCCAACGUCCUGUUGCAUCGGAUGCAGGCGAUCAUUUUCGCAGACGAAGAGAAAGAAAUGUCGUCAGCAGUCGUUUGUAUAGGAAAAGAAAACGACAACGUAUGGAAAGUCUUGAAAUUGAAAAUCAGCGACUGCAAGAACACAUCACUCAUGCUGAAAAUGAACUGACUGAAUUGAGACGAACCUUUCAACUUUUUGUGCAGCAUGCAGAAACUUGUCCUCAUUGUGCAAACGCAGCGAUGUUUUUUACGUAG